AGAACAGUUUCAUGCGUGACUGACAAGCAGCAUCGUUGUAAACAACAAUUCUGCAGAACAUGUGACCGCAUCCCAUAUUCUCACUCAGCUCCAAAUAUGUUUACUGACUCAUAUUUUGUUUGUAGAAGUCUGAACCUCAUUUAUUUGUGUGUUUGCCUGCACUAGGCACAUAGGAGUGUUUUCCAUCAGCCCGUCGAAACAAAUCAUGUCUAACAAAGCAAGCACAACAACAUUGUCUAAGUAGAAUUUUCACAUUGAGGCUCUCUACAGAACUGACAAGCUGUACCAAAUAUUACUCACAAAAUAAAAAGAACAGAAGACAUCUUUCCAACUCAAAAGAAAGAAAUAUCCCGACUAGGAUGAGACAAUGACGGUAAUACUGUUAGCGGCAAACACCUCCAUUUCCCUCGUCCAUUUAUCUUUAUUCUUCCAGUUUUGGGUUGGAUUAUCUACAUGAACGUUUAAAAAUAAAGAUGAGUAGCAAAACAUUAAACUAUUAUGUCUUCCUUUUUUCUCAUUCAGGAGCUGCUACCAUUUCAGACCACUAUCCAGACUCAAAGUGUCGUUGUCACUUCUCGCCCUCCUGUGUGUCCUCUACAUUUUGAUAUACCUUCAAGCAACAUCCUCAGUCUUCAGGCUGUUACAUCCCCUGUUCAAGAAAAGCUGCAGUCAAGCAGAAUAUCCGUCAAUAACUUAUUACCUACGUCACUUCCAAUCUAUAUUUAUAGUUGACCCUGCCAGCCAUCAACUGACGAUUGAUCAUCAAGGGAACCCCUCUAAGAUAUCCUCUGAAGUAAGGACUGACAGUAGAUCCUGUGAUGUUAACAAUAAGUUGAUUGUAAUGUACAACAUGCCUGAGUGGAUUAAGAGAGGGUCGGAUGCUGAGUUGUUUGGCCACUGUCCAGUCAGCACGUGCAACUUGUCCACAAACUAUAGUACAGAUGGAGCCACUGCCGAUGCUGUGGUGUUUCACGGCGCUCCAUUAGAGAUACCAGUGCCACCUCGAGCUUUUCCUGACCAGGUGUACGUCUUCCACAUGAUAGAACCGCCACCGAUUGCUUCGUCUGAUUAUCAAAACACGUCAUGGAACUCGGCUUUCAACUGGACAUGGACCUACACUCAGGACGCCGAUAUCUGGGUGCCCUAUUUCUUUCUGGAACGUUCCAAGCAGUUGCCAUGUCUUAACGUCAUCCGCGAAGUUGUACAAAGGAAGGACACGCCUGUAGCUUGGUUUGUUACUAACUGCCAGUUGGACAAAACUCAACGACUAGCCUACGUCAACAGGCUACAGAAAAUUCUGACAGUGCACGUGUAUGGUGGAUGUGGGACCAUGCAAUGCCCUCGAAUGGCCAAAGAAUGUGACGACAUGCUCACCACAAAGUACUUCUUCUAUCUUUCCUUCGAGAACUCUUAUUGCCAGGAUUACGUGACUGAGAAGUUUUUCUCGAGCAUUUUUCCAGGGUGUCCAUGUGGUUCCUGUUUGUGCGGGGUGGGCUAG